AUGGUUAUCUCAGUCCACAAGCGUCCUGCGUCACCAGCCAAAACUGCUACCUAUAAAAAUGGAGAUGUUACUGUCAAAAGGCCAAAGUUCAAUGAGCCUAUGUAUCCGCUUCCUCCGCCGUUUCGCCAAACACCCGGCCCUGUCAUGGUUCCUCAGUCCUACUUGCAAAGACUAAUUUUGGAGCGUUGGGAGGCGGAAUUGAAGAGUUGCGAGCAAGCCAAAAAAUUGCAGCUCUCGGAAAUGGUGCCAGGUCCAGCUCUUACCUUACUGCAAGCAAACUUGCGAAGACUCAUUGUAGAGCGCUGGGAGGCAGAAGUGAGGCGUUGUGAGGAGGCCAAACGGGCGCAACUUUUAGAGUUAGUGCUUGCCGCCCAUGGUAUAUCGAGACUAGUGUAG